AUGUGGAUUCUACCUCUCGUCGGGUAUCUCGGCUCCAUCGUGGGCUUCUGCUUCCUGACCUUGGCCAUAGCAUCUGGCCUUUACUACCUCUCAGAGCUCGUCGAAGAACAUACCGUCGUCGCGAAACGCCUCCUCGCCAGGCUCAUCUACGCCAUCAUCGGCCUCCAGGUCGUUCUCUGUCUUGUAGAUGGAUUCCCGCUCGGCCUGACCCUGAUGGGUGUCGCCUCUCACGUAGUCUACUUGGGCAACAUGCGCCGCUUCCCCUUUGUCAAGCUGUCAGACCCGCUGUUCGUCACAUCAUGCGUGCUGGUCCUGGUCAAUCAUUACUUUUGGUUCCAACAUUUCUCCGAGGCGCAGCAGCGAUCUUACUCGAAUUUGGCCUCCAUGUACGACCAGCCGGACGUCCCCAGUUUCACCGAGAUUGCUUCAUACUUUGGCCUGUGCGUGUGGCUCAUCCCAUUCGCCCUCUUCGUCAGCCUAUCCGCGAGCGACAACGUCUUGCCUACCAUCGGUACUGAACAACCGUCGCGCGGCGCGCACGGGAAGAGUAAGCGACAGGGCAUGGUGAAGGUGGUGGUUGACAACGUGCUCUCCGCCAUCGGGGAGGUGGGUCGGCUGGCAGGGUGGAAGAAGCCGGAAGACCGCUUCUGA